AUGAAUCCAAAAUAACCUGUAUUUGUUUAAGAGGCUAAGUUGGACAAUUAUGAAAUUGUGAAACCUCUAGGCUAAGGUGCUUACAGUGAGGUUGUGUUGGCAAAAAGUAAAGUCACUGGGCAUGAAUCUGCUCUGAAAAUUGUGGAUAAGGCUUUUCUAGUUAAGGAAAAAAAGAUGCAUCAUGCUUGCAUUGAAAGAGAAGUGUUGGCAUAUUUGAGACACAAAGGAAUCAUCAAGCUAUUCCAUUCAUUUGAAGACUAGUCCAAAUUGUAUUACUCGUUGGAAUUGCUAAACGAUGGCAAUCUAUUGGAAUACAUCAACAAGUAUAAUUUUAAUGAAAAAAUGAUACAAUUUUAUACUGCUGAACUUUUAUUAAUUUUGGAGUACUUACAUCAAAAUGGUUUGGUACAUAGAGACGUAAAGCCAGAGAAUAUUUUAUUGACUAAAGACAAACAUCUGAAAUUGAUAGAUUUUGGAACAGUAUUUGUUUAUGAUGAAUCAAAAAUAAGUAUUGGGACCAAGUUGGAAGAAAUUAGAAUUCAAUACCAAAAACAACGAUCUCCUUCCUUGAAUGAUUUCGAAAAGCCUCCCAUUAAAUAUUGCAGAGAUUCUAGUUUUGUUGGUACAUCCGAAUACCUGUGUCCAGAACUCAUUGACUAUAACGUAGUUGGACCUCAAGCUGAUUUAUGGGCUUUAGGAUGCUUCAUUUAUCAAUUGUACACUCAUCGAACUCCAUUCUAUUCCGAUAACGAGUUUCAGUUAUUCCACAACAUCAGUUAAUGCGAAUGGGAGUAAGACCAAAGAAUUCCAAAUGAUGCUUUGGAAUUAAUCAAAAUAUUAUUAGAUAGAAACCCAUAAAAUCGAUUUUAUGGAGAUCUCAAUGAUUCCGACUAUAAUUACGAUAGUUUGAAGAAGCAUCCCUUUUUCACAGGAAUAGACUUCACUCAUAUUUGGCUGCAAGAUGUUCCCCAACCCAGUAUACACACAUAAAAGAGGAAAUUAAGUAGAUUUCAAACUACCAUGUUGGACAAAUAAAAAGAGAGAGAAAAGCCUGAUAUUAGGGGCAAUUCAGUGACUAAACAUUAGACUGAUCAAAUAGUUUUAAAGGGGAAUGUAGAUAAAGAACACGGUGUAUUAUUUAUGACUUCGUUUUCUAUAAGGUAUGCCGAUAUCAGUAUACAGGGUGGCAUACCAUAUUUUAAUUACAUAAAUCCACAGUUGAAUAAUAAACUGACUAUUAUUCCUUUGAAUUAAUUCACUUCGUGCAGAUUAUUAGGCAAGGGUAAAUUCAUUGUAGGAGACAAAAAUAAGAAAAAGUAUAUCUUUAAAGAACGAGAUCACGAUGUAACAGCUUAGUAAUGGGUGAAUACUAUGAAUAAAUAUAUUAAUCUUAAUCAUUUCUGA